AUGGAUGAAGAAUCGGCGACAAUUCCAGAAGUCCUUUUAGCUGGUUCUAGUGGCCGGAAGAUGCCACUAUUGGGGAUGGGUACAGCAACUUCUCCACUAGAGGGAUCCCAAGAAACAAAAACUGCCAUUCUUCAUGCAAUUGAAAUUGGUUACAGACACUUCGAUACAGCCACAUUAUACCUAACAGAGGAGCCUGUUGGAGAAGCCAUUGCUGAAGCAUUGUCUCGUGGCUUGAUCAAAUCACGAGAUGAACUCUUCAUCACCUCAAAGCUAUGGUGUAGUGAUGCUCAUGGUGACCUUGUUCUCCCCGCGCUUAAGAAGAGUCUUCGGAAUCUUCAGCUGGAGUACCUUGAUCUCUACCUAAUUCAUUGGCCUGUGAGCUCGAGACCAGGGACCUAUGAGUUCCCCAUAAACAAAGAGGACCUUUUACCUAUGGAUUUUAAAUCCGUAUGGGAAGCUAUGGAAGAAUGCCAAGAUCUGGGUCUCACGAAAUCCAUUGGAGUCAGCAAUUUCUCUUGUAAAAAGCUUUCAGACAUCCUUGCCUUUGCAAAGAUCCCUCCGGCAGUUAAUCAAGUAGAGAUCAACCCAUUAUGGCAACAAACGAAGCUAAGGGAAUUCUGCAAGGCCAAUGGAAUCCUUUUGACAGCUUAUGCUCCUUUGGGAGCCAGAGGAACCAUUUGGGGAAGCAACAGGGUUAUGGAGAAUGAAGUGCUGAAAGAGAUUGCAACAGCUAAAGGAAAGACUGUUGCUCAGGUGUGCCUUAGGUGGGCAUAUGAGCAAGGGGUGUGUGUGGUGGUGAAAAGUUUCAACAAAGGAAGGAUGAAGGAGAACCUUGAGAUAUUCAACUGGACAUUGAGCGAGGAAGAAUGUAGGAUGAUCAAUGAGAUACCCCAAAGCAGAGGAUGUCGCGGAGAAGAUUACAUCUCAGAAAAGGGGCCUAUCAAGACAAUUGUGGAGCUCUGGGAUGGAGAUAUUUGA